AUCAUUCUCCAAACCCGCGGUAACACUGCGCACAAUUGAAAACAAAGUUCCUGAUGUAAUAUAAUAGCACAAAUCGGUGGGAAGACAGCUUUCACGACGUCGUGCUGCUCGCAUUUUCGUUUUUAUUUUGGACGCAGGUUGCCGAUGAACGGGAAUCCAUUUAGAAUGUCAGCCAGCGCCGUUACACGCUCCCCCGCGCAGCGACGCCGCCCUCUUCCCCCUUCCUUGGAUCCAAAUAACUCGAAGCUCCCGUUUGCCCAGCAACAGCAACAACAAAACGAAUUGCAAGCACAACCACCAACACGCCCAUCGAUGCUUAUUGAGGAUGAGGUACACGGUGUAAUUGAACUGCCCAGCCAUAUUCAGGAGAUCGUGGAGCAUCCUCUCUUUCAGCGGCUUAAACAUGUUCAUCAAUUGGGUCUCCUGCCGUGGUCCCUCGAUAAGAAGGCUAAUCACAAGCGAUAUGAGCAUUGUCUUGGAACAUACAAAAGUGCGCAGGAUCACCUAAGGGCCAUCGAACGGAAUUCGCAUUAUAAGCCAAAACUGCCGGAUUGGUGUCGUCAGGCGGUGGAGAUAGCCGCCCUCCUCCACGAUAUUGGACAUGGACCAAUGUCACAUGCGUGGGAGCUUGCAAGCAAUCAUAAUUUUGACCACGAGAAAAACGCAUUGGCCUGUGUUGAUCUCAUUUUUAACAACGCCCGCCAUCAGGGGCUGGUCUCCUUGAGAGACGAUGGUUGCGGGCGAGGAGUUCAGUUGAUAAAGGCUUUGAUUUUGGGCUGCAGUGACUCUCUGUCAUUCCCUAUGUUGGGGCAUACCUACAUCUUCGAUAUUGUUCAUAAUAGUCGCUGCGGCUUGGAUGUCGAUAAAUGGGAUUAUCUGCGCCGUGAUAACAAACGUUUAAAAGUACUUAACUCAGCGGAAAUGGACUUUGAUGAUGUAUUUCUUCAAGCGCGCAUAUCUGCCGAUGGACAACGCAUUGAGUAUCGUUAUCAGGACUAUCAUCGUAUUUAUCGCUUGUUCGAGGCAAGGUGGCGGCUACAUGUUUCUGCUUAUCAAUGCCCCCUAACUUGUGCCAUGGAUGCCAUUUUUGCCGGAGCAGUACAACGUUUGGCACCUGAAUUAUUGAGCAUUCAAUCGGAAAGUCCAGAAUGGCUAAAAUUACACGAUGAUAAUAUUUUAAAUGUGAUUGAAAAGGAUCCCAUAUCGAUAUAUAUAAAGGAUUCCCAACGAAUUGUGGAAGUACCAAACAAUGAUAGUUCUACAUCGCAUAUAAUAAGGGUGCACAAAGAAAUACCUGGACCUUGGGAGGCUAUGAAACCAGAAGAGGCUUUCGCUUUUUUUGGCAAUAAGCGCAAAAAACGUCCAAUUAACCGAUGCUCGAAUCCGACGAUAAUCAACAAGUGCUAUAAGUUAGAAUAAAAAUCUCGACCAGAGACCCAGUUAGUAAAAUAGUUCACGAUAAAGCCGUCAAUCGUAUGUUAUUGUUUUCUUUCAUUUCUCAAUCUAUAUUUUUAAAACAUACAUUAAAUGACAUUAUGUAUAAAUACUCAAAUGGUUGCAUUCGUUUUGCGAAAGUUUGCAUUGCUGUUCAUGUUUUGUUACCCAUUAUUAUGUUAAAAAUCGUUGAUUUCAUCAUUAUGUUUAUCAUUUCAUAGUCAAAACAGCGAAACCAGUACAAAAGCGAAGUGUUCUUAAAAUAUUCAUUUAUUAGUUUAUACAUUGUAUUAUCAUAAUCUUCUUAAAACUAAAAUACUAAAACAAAAAUUUCAACAGUUUACUUGAAGACAUCACAAUUCAAAUUCAGGUCUUUCUAACAUUAAGUACUUACUAAUCAAUAUAAAUAUAAGAUGGAUUUGUCAUAUUUUUGAUAACCAUUUUGAAAUAUACACAAGAAAAAACAA